UGGUUUAUACUAACGUGUGUGUUGUUCUGCAGGAGAAGACAUGAAGGACGGCAGCUGCUUGAUGAUCAGGCGAGCCUCGAGGAGGCAGAACGCUGUCAUGGUGUCUCUGCUAACGCUCCCCCUUCUUCUAGCCCUUGUCCAGCCAAUCACAAGCCAACAGCAAGUCAACAACAGAACCCUGGCUCCAGAAUGGAUGAAUCGGACACAGAUGACCCCGGGCGCUUCUCAUCCUACAGUCUGGACUGAGGUGCCUUUCAACAUGACUGAUCAAAGAAUGGUUACAAGAGCUCAGGCAGAAACAGGGGCGAAGAAAAAUGCCUCUGCUGGAGUCUUGGAUCCAGAGGCUGUUAAUAAUAUUGUGAGGGAAACAUCAACCAACCCUUCAAAAACGGACUCCAGGGUCAAACUUACUACAUCUCAGUUGUUGUUGUCUAGCGUUACUGCUAAAGGUGGAAUCACCCAACCUAAAUGGUCCACUGUAACAUCUGUUACCACUGUACCCACCUUAAAAAUGGGAGGCCAUUCUGAAAAGGAAACAACGACCAAAACGAGUAAUGAAUCCAAAGGAGAGGAUUUCUUAAAAGUGUGGGUAUCAUCAACCGUCUCUCAGACAGCUCAUAACAUUCUGACCACUGUGUCCGACACUCACACAAAGCCAACCGCUGACCCAGCAUUCCAGCUUAAACCCUCCACUGCACCAGCCAGCAGGACGUCAGCUAUCACUGGAGCAAAUCUGGCAGUAGUUCAGAGCAGCAGUACCAUUUUAACAGGACUCCCGCUGGGUCAGAGUCCACGUUCUCCAUCGUCCUCACCAUCGCCUAAUGAAGGCCCGUAUUUCCACACAAGCGAGACUAGUAUACAUCUGAGGACCACAAGCUCACCACAUCCAGCAAAGUCUACAACACCCAGUGAACAAUCAGAUGACACCGGGUCACAAACAACGUCAACCAGCAGCACCAGUCAGCUACCAGAGGGGAGCAAAACCUCAAAAAGCUUAACCAGUGUUAGAACUGCACCAGCACAGCAGAACCCAGCAGAUACAACUACUCAAAGCACAACCGUCUCGGUCGGACGUGGACGUCUGGGACAAAAGGAGUCAUCAUUCUCCUUUGGGCAUGUUCCUUCAGCUAAACCUCGGCCAACUAAGGAUCCAUGUGCCACUGACGUGACUGCCUGUGCUUCCCCUAAAGACCUAAACGUACCCGCUGCCACUUCAAAUCGGACCAUGUUGGUGUGGGCUGACCUCAGCCGUAAGCUGUCGUUCGCCUGGGAACUGCAUGUUUUUGGCUCUGCAGCCCUCUUCCUACUCCUAUCUGCUGGCUCUGCGCUGGGCUUAGCCCUGGCUCCCAGCAUGAACUGCCCUCACCGUGGAGCGCUAGCACUUGCCAACGGCCUGUUGUUUCUUGCAGGCGUAGUUCGAGCAACCUUCUUCUUGGUGGAUCCCUACGGUUCUCAUGCAAUCAUGCCCUUGCAUGUCAUGACAGCCCUGUACACCUUGCCGUUGCCUCUGUUCAUAUGGGUUCAGGCGGCAAUGGUGGUGUUGGUGCUGAAGGGGGCUGAGGUGGUUUUGUUGCGCCCUUCCUUUCAGCGCGUACCUCUUCUGGCUUUGUUAGCGGUCCUCCAAUUGUGCUGCCUGCUGCACGCUUACACUUGCCUUUGGCUGUACGGCUUGCUCGGGAACUGGCGCCACUUCCGUUGGGCCUGGUGGCUCGUUCAGUUUUGGGCAAGACUUCUUGAGCUUGCAUGGGCCUUCUGUCUGCUGCUACUGGCCUCCUGGGUCUUCUGGAGACCUCGAGGGAGCCAAACAAGUAGAGCUCCUGGACAUGGAGUGGGUCCUGCAGGUGACCAGAGCUCAUCUUGUCCAUCUUCCAGUUCUUCCCAAACACACACAUGCUGGGCUAAGAUUGUCCAGAGCUUAAAGUCACGGCCGUACAGAAAGUCCGACAGCAACGGGAUCGGAGGGGCCAGUGGAGGCGGUGUGGCAGGGGAGCUUCCUAAUAACUGGGCAGGGCAGGAACGCCCAGGAGCAGACAUAAGCAAGAGUCUCAUACGAAACCGGGACCAACCCAAAGAAAGCAACCAUGGGCGCAACCAGAGGAGCAUCGAUGCAUCAUCUGGGUCUUUGCCAAGGUUACAGGCGCUCGGUCGGCAACGGCAGUACUCUCAGAGCGGCAGUUUGGACCGGGAUAAACAAUCAGCCAUCUCACUCUACGAAUUCGACCUGCGUCCUCCUUCCCCAAUCGACCUGAGUCGCAGCAUCGAUGAAGCGCUGCACCGGGAGCAUCUCCUCAGAGGCGGCAGCCUGUUCCGCCCCCUGGGAUCCCCUUCACCACCCCCGUCUCCAGGGAACUGGAUGCGCAGGAGCAGCGACCCCCAAAUCAUGCUUUCGGAGAGCAGCGACGAGCACACCCUGCUCAGCGAGUCCUCCGCCGGCCUGGACCGUCCCAUCCCGAGCGCCGUGCCAAGCCGGCAGGUGACCGCUCCCCCUACACCUACGCAUCAGGGUCCACGCUGGAUCUCUGAAGCUGCCGUACCUAAUUCAAUCUCCUGCCCUGUGUCUCUGCAUCCAUCCCCAUCCAGUUUGGGCAGAGCCCUGACCCCCAGCACGGACGACACCAGGCCGUUCCUGACCCCUGACGUAGAUAGGGUGGGGUCACAGCAAGGCAACGGAGAUAGGGGUUACCUGACAGUCAGACGGCAUGACGACUCGGCCAGUGUCUCCAGUGACAUAAUUGAUCUUUGAACUGGUUUUGUCAAAGAACAGUGACCAUGGUAACAAGCACCUUACACUGGGAUGUAAAAAGGAAGGUCAGAUUUAUAAAACAGACUUUAUUUGAUCUGUUUUAGUGUUCGGACACAUUUCGGAGGUGUUGGUUUACACAUAUGCUCUGCUCACCUGUACAUAUUCAUUCCAGAACUGGAGAUACAGGUUGGUGAGCAAUGUGAAAGACCAAACUGUGUU